GAACUACGAAGGAAUUUUAAGAAAUUUCAACGGUGAGAAUUCGUAAAAGGAAGACGGCAACACUGAUUCACAACUCGGGGAAGCCUCUCCCUUUGCUGAUUCAAACCAUCAAUUUUGAUGCUUCACUGCACUCACAACUGCUUAUGAUAUGACUGGAGAUUUACACCGAAGAAUAAAUCUCUGAGCAUAGGGUGGGGACAGAGAUUAUAAAGAAGCAGCAAUGUUUUCGUUGUUUUAUGGAUUCUGGAAGUACAUGUUUACCAAGACAGAGUUCCAUGUUCUUAUUCUUGGAAUCGACAAAUCUGGGAAAACGACAUUACUCGAGAAGUUGAAGUCUCAAUACUCAAAUGUGGAAGGCCUUCCUCCGGAUCGAAUUGUUCCAACAGUAGGACUCAAUAUUGGUCGCAUUGAAGCAUCAAACACAAAACUUGUGUUCUGGGACCUUGGGGGUCAGCCUGGUCUUCGCUCAAUAUGGGAAAAGUACUAUGAAGAGGCGCAUGCUGUAAUCUUUGUUAUAGAUGCUUCUUUACCAUCACGGUUUGAAGAUUCGAAAUCUGCACUUGAAAAGGUACUUCGGCACGAAGAUCUGAUAGGAGCUCCUCUUUUGAUAUUGGCAAACAAGCAGGAUCUUGGUGAAGCCUUGUCAGCAGAAGAACUUGCACGGUAUCUUGAUCUGAAAAAGUUGGACGAAAGGGCAUAUUCAUAUGAAGCUGUUUCAGCAUAUGACGGGUUGGGAAUUAAAGAAAGUGUAGAUUGGCUAGUUGAGGCAAUGGAGAGAAGUAAAAGAACUGAAAUGUUGAGAGCGCGUGCAGGCCUAGCAAAUUCAGUGUCUAGUUAGAAGAGUUCAUAUCUACUUGGUAUUAAUGUACCAGCUUUUUGGUUAAUUUAACGAUUUAAUGGAUCAAACUGGUUCAAAUGAUUACAUUUUCCAUCAAGUUUCUUGUUGCCAGCAUGCCACACCAAAACAUACUUUUGGCAUGUCAUAUCUUGAUUUUUGGUGUAUUUAGGAAAAAAAGAUGAUGUUUAUACAAAAUAGUAGAGCUUAGUUUAUAAAAGAUUUAUAAAUUGUAAAGGCUUCAUGCUUUGAUGGUCAUGGUGAAGUUGUGUAAGUUACUAUAAUGCCUUCUGCUUUUGCCAAUACCUUGUAAAACAUUUCAUGAUUACUUCAGUUCCAAAUCCAUAAUAUGCAUGAAUUGCGUGAUUUAUAUGUUC